GUCUCUAUUUUUUUCUCUCUCACACACACAUUCUCUCUCAAAAUUCAAAAAAUAAAAAAUAAAAAAAAAUGAGAGAAAUCCUACACAUACAAGGAGGCCAAUGCGGAAACCAAAUCGGAGCGAAAUUCUGGGAAGUCGUAUGCGCCGAGCACGGUAUCGAUUCAACAGGACGUUACCACGGCGACAACGACACGCAGCUAGAGCGCGUGAAUGUUUACUAUAACGAAGCGAGUUGUGGUAGGUUUGUUCCACGCGCCGUGUUGAUGGAUCUAGAGCCAGGUACUAUGGAUAGUUUACGGUCAGGUCCGUACGGGCAGAUAUUUAGGCCGGAUAAUUUUGUGUUCGGGCAGUCCGGUGCCGGAAAUAAUUGGGCGAAAGGUCAUUAUACUGAAGGCGCUGAGCUUAUUGAUUCUGUUUUGGAUGUUGUUAGAAAAGAAGCUGAGAAUUGUGAUUGUCUUCAAGGUUUCCAGGUGUGCCAUUCCUUGGGUGGUGGGACUGGGUCUGGAAUGGGAACCCUUCUCAUUUCCAAGAUCAGAGAAGAAUAUCCGGACCGCAUGAUGCUAACCUUCUCUGUGUUCCCAUCUCCAAAGGUUUCUGAUACUGUUGUGGAGCCAUACAAUGCAACGCUCUCUGUGCAUCAACUUGUUGAGAAUGCAGAUGAGUGCAUGGUGUUGGACAAUGAGGCUUUGUAUGACAUUUGCUUUAGAACCCUGAAGCUCACUACACCAAGCUUUGGAGACUUGAAUCAUUUGAUUUCUGCUACCAUGAGUGGGGUGACAUGCUGCCUCCGUUUCCCUGGUCAACUCAACUCUGAUCUCCGCAAACUUGCAGUCAAUCUCAUCCCCUUUCCCCGUCUACACUUUUUCAUGGUUGGAUUUGCACCACUAACAUCUCGUGGGUCCCAGCAAUACCGAGCCUUAACUGUACCUGAGCUCACCCAACAGAUGUGGGAUGCCAAGAACAUGAUGUGUGCAGCUGAUCCUCGCCAUGGGAGAUACCUAACAGCAUCAGCCAUGUUCCGUGGUAAAAUGAGCACAAAAGAAGUUGAUGAGCAGAUGAUUAAUGUGCAAAACAAGAACUCGUCCUACUUUGUUGAGUGGAUCCCCAACAAUGUUAAGUCCACUGUUUGUGACAUCCCUCCAACUGGGCUUAAGAUGGCUUCUACAUUCAUUGGGAACUCGACAUCAAUCCAGGAAAUGUUCAGACGGGUCAGUGAGCAAUUUACUGCUAUGUUCCGCAGGAAAGCUUUCUUGCAUUGGUACACUGGAGAAGGAAUGGAUGAGAUGGAGUUUACAGAAGCAGAGAGCAACAUGAAUGAUCUAGUUUCUGAAUACCAACAGUAUCAAGAUGCAACUGCUGACGAGGAAGGGUAUGAUUAUGAAGACGAAGAGGAAGAACUUCAGGAGGAGGCUUGAGUCUCUUGGGUUUGUUCGCUGACGUCUUUGCUUUAUAUGUGUGGAUUUUAUAAAGUCUCUGUCACCUACUUAGUGGCAUGCAAUUUGGUUGAUAUUAGCUAUUUCGCUAUUACUUUGAAAUGUUUUUUUUAGCAAGUACCUAUGAUUUUGAAAUUUAGCCUAAUUACAUUCUAGAUGUUAUGGUUUUUGUCAUGCCAUUUGGAGACGUGAUGAUUGUGUAAUGGUUUGAAGUCAAUUUCCUGCUUGCAUUUUGUGUC